AUGCCAGUCUUGCUAUUUGUGCUCAGCCAGAGCUUACCGAACCAACACAGCCACAAACAGAUGCAAACGAUUUGGCUGCAGCCGAUUCUGCUCAUGGUUCCACUCAUUCAGCCAUGGGCCUGCGUCGAAAUGCUCAAAAGGCUGCACCUGCGUACCACAGUCCUUAUCAAAUACCUCUCGACCGCUAGCGUCGUGAUCAAGCAGUUCGACUUUGAGGGAAAGAAACAUCGCGCCUCCAAGAGAGAGCGGGAGGCAAAAGGACAAAAGAACAGUGAGAGUAUCUCGCUUAUUUCCGCCGAACAAGGGAUGGACAUUUACGAACUGGACCGGCAGAUUGAAUCAUCCCGUCAAUACCAGCACACUUCCGAAGAGAUAAGGCAGAACACGAUCAAAGCCAUCAAAGAGCAUGGAACUGGAUUUGACUCAUUCGACAAGUCCGCCUCGAUCCAGGAGCUCGCCGGCUACUCCAAAGCCAAGAUCGCCGAGUUCAUGUUCGAAACCACCAUCUAG